GAACAAAUGUAAGUAAAUGAUUGUAUUAUAAUUAAUGCUCAAAAAUGAAGAUGGAUUAUUUUCUUUUUCAGUCGGCAUUUAAGACGAAAAAAGGAUGACGGAUCCACAACCCUCGGCCAUCAGUGGGGACAGCAUCGCUCAAAGCUUUUCAGCCGGUAGACUUGGCGGUGACGGUGAAGAGUAUCAACGACUUUUUGCGCUUAUGCUGAUUCAGCGAGCUUCGCGAAAACAUAUACCGUUCGAAUUAGCCUUUGAGCAUAAAGAUCUUAUCAAAUUUGAGGACGUUGUUCUGCACCUGGAGGAACCUCGGCAGUGGUGGUUAUUUCAAAACAAGCACAAAAAACGGAAAAAUCAGAGUGAUCGAACGAUAAAAUCCCUAUUAUCAUUAUCGGCUGAUAAUGAGUUUGCACUUUUUCAAUAUAUAGAAGGUUAUCAAAAAGUGGUGAAAAAUUGGAAACAUGGAAAACAUAAAAAAUGGUUUUGUCUGUUCACAAAUAUUGGAUUCAGGGAAGAGGCUGGCCUACAAGAAGAUUUUACUUUUGAAGGGGAAGUUAAGAAGGUUAUAAUAUUCAAUUGCGGAAAAUUUAUUCAAUUCAAAGGAUUAGAGAGUAAAAUGUUUAAUAAAAUUAAUGAAGAUUUUAACGAAUUAGUUGAUGCAAUACACACGAUGUUUAAAGAGGGAUUAAUUGAAAAUUCAGUUACCAACUGUAAAGCACUUUUGCUACCAGUCAUUAAUGCAACCGAAAGUGAGGUAACAUUUUCGAAAAACUUUCUUGAAAACCAACUAGAUGAGGAUUUGUUUGAUCACCUGGUGGAGAAGUUUGAACAGGAUCUCGGUGCAGUAUCAUCCAAUUCAGAAGAAGUGUUAAAAUUUUGGAACGAACAAUGGGAGACCCCAGAGAAAAAGAGAAAAACAAAGAUACCAUCUUAUACAAGCAAGGAAACCAUUCAAGAGUUUUUCAAAGAUUUUAUACUGGCAUAUUCCCAACCAGAUUUGGACGAACUAGAAAUGCUCAUGUCUGAAGAAAGUCGACUGUGGAUGCGAGAUUGGAUUCGGCCAGAUGAUUUUGGGAGGUUUUCAAAUGAUCAAAUUGGAAACUUUUUUCGUACUUUUAAGAAAGAAUUUAUAAAUUGGGAGAAGCCAGUUCAAAAUAAUAAAAGUUUUUUGAGGCUUUGCGAUGGUAACACUUAUUUGAAACAGGCAGAAAAAAUAUUACGUAAUGAGGUUGAAAAGUGUGCCAAUCGAUCUUGUGUUAGUUUCGAACAAAUUGAAGGAUAUUAUAUAAAUCGCCAGCUAAAAUGCCAAUCCCAAUGUAUAAAAGAUGUUUUCAUGGUUGACCAACUUCCCAAAAAUGAAGAGCAAUUUUAUGCUGUCACGGCUGAACCUGGCAUGGGCAAAAGUACACUGAUGCAAUAUUUGGCAUAUAAUGUCCAAAGAAAGUAUUCUGAUGUUACUGUAUUUUUACUGUAUUCAAGUAAUUUUCAUGGGACAAUUCCGAGCGUUGAACAAUUGGAAGAUAUUUCAAAUAAAAACGUUUUCAAAUCUUUUUUAUCCCCUGAAAACAUUCACCUUAUUGUAAAAGAUGAUAAAACUAAAAUCAAUUUGUUCAUCGAUGCUUUAGAUGAGUUGAGUGUUUCGAGCCAAUAUCAAAUACUUAAGUUAAUCAAAGUUCUCUUAACCAAAAAAAAUCUUAAAAUUGUUGUUAGCUGUAGAAACCAUGUGCUGGGUAAGCUUUCAAAUCAGUUUGGUGUGAAGCUUCUGGAAAUACAGGCAUUCACUGAAGACGAACAGAAACAAUUUUUCAUAAAAGUUUGGAAAGAUAUUUCAGAUAAUAGGGAUACACUUGAAAGUUUUUCAAACAAACUCAUUCAGAAAAUAAAUAAUGACAUUGACUGCAAUACAAAUCAAUUUACUAGUCUUCCAUUGACGAUUAAAAUGGUAACCGAGAUUUACUCAGCAUCAUAUAAAAAAUAUUGUAAAUUUAGAAAAUCCGUAGAAACUUUCUUCGAAAAAAAUGAAUUUAACGUUGUUGUCUUGUUUGAAAACAUUACUUCAAAAUGUAUAAAAAUAGCAAUUAAUAAAAAGUGUAAAGUGGACAACAAUGCUGAGCUUGACCCAUUUUUUGACAGCACACAUAAGGCCAUCGAUAACGAUUACCAAAUAUUUGCAGCAAAAUAUUUAUUUGCUAACGAUAUAGAGUUGAUUCCUUUCAUAACCAAUAAAUUGUUUGGGUCGGUUGAAGGAAGCAUAAAAGAACAACAAUCACUUUUAGUUGAAAUACAGUCAGGUUCUCCUGAGUUCACUCACGAGUCAUAUCGAGAAUAUUUUGCAGCUAAAUUUUUGUUCGAGUAUGUAGGAAAAAAACCAAUAAUUUAUUGCAUUUCUGAAAUUUUGGAAGUUUUAAUUAAGCAUAAAAUUAUGCGAAACUUUUUUUUCGGUUUGAUGUAUUCUAUAACAAAAAACGACAUGAACCGACUCAUGUUUUUGUCAAAUUUACAUCAAGUUGUUUUAUUGUGGUCAUGCGAUGACGAUAACGUUUUCCAAGACCAAUCACUUUUGAAUCAAGCCAAGGUUUCUAUUAUUCAGAAAAUAUGUGAUUACUUGGUCUCUAAAAUCACGUGCAAAUCAGAUGCAGAUGAAUCAAUCGCUAAAACCUCUGAUACAAAUAAACCUCUGAUACUACCGUUUCAAAUAAUAAACAGCAAAGCAAAGCAAAACAGUUUAAAAAAGAAAGAUUUUUGGAGAAAAUAUAAGGAAAUGAUUCAUCUUCCAAAAAGUCCUAAAAACGAAAUAUCUGAAUUCUGGAAUGAUGUUUGUCAGUUGACAGAUAGUCAAAUAAAAUAUUAUAAAAUGAAAAAAAAACUUGGAUCAAAGUCUCAUUUAAUAAAUCAUCAAAACAGUGCACAGUGGGAAAAAAGGACCCAAAAAAUUACCGCAACAUGA